AAUAACUUCAGUUACCAUGAUCGAGCCAAGUACAUCACCAGUGACUGUGAAUGAAAGUACAGAAGUAGAGUUUAAAUGUCAAACAUCAAGUGGUCUUCCAGCAGCUUCCGUUAGCUGGUAUAAAGAUUCUGGGACAUCUGGAGAUUCCAGUGAUGAUACAGAAAUUACUUCAAGUAUCCAAUCAACGCCUAGUACCACAAACAAUCAUAUAGAGGUGACCAGCGUAUUGAGAUAUUCACCACCAAGGAAUGAAAAUGGAUGGAGAAUAUACUGCACAGCAAGUAAUAUUCUUGGCCAGACCCCGAUUGUCUCAGGGAGGAAACCAUUGCUUAAUGUUCAAUACCCUCCAGGACCUCCAGUUAUAACUGGCUACUCUGAUGGCGGUAUGUACCGAGUUAUAGAAAAUACACAAGGAAGAUUAUUAUGUUCUGUAACUGGUGGAAAUCCAGCACCAACUUUGACAUGGAACUGUAUCAACAGUGGUACUUUAGAAACAACCAGCUAUGGUACAGUUACCAAAACACAUGUAUGGAUAGCUCAACGAAAUCAGGAUAGAACCUGUACAUGCCGGUCCUCCCAUUACAGUGGUGAAAAAACUGUUUCUGUUCAUAUAGAAGUAUUGUAUCCACCGUCGACGCCUACAUUCAGAAUAAAUUCAACUCGAGUCAGUGGUACAGUGAAGGUUAUCAGGAACAACCGAUUGUCUGUCAGUUGUAUCAGUUCAGGAAAUCCUUCACCAUCGUAUACAUGGACGCAUCCAAACAUGGUUACUACUAAUGGUCAGAAGCUAAGUGUGAGCAAUGUACAGAACAAUGGGAAAUAUACAUGUGAUGUACGAAAUUCAAUGAAUCCAUCGGUUGGUGCAGUUGUACCUGGAAGUAACACAUCGUUUAUAGAUGUUCUCAUUUUAUAUCCUCCCGCGAUAGGAGAACUUAAAAACACAAGUGUUGCUGAGGGGUCUCCGUUGACUGUUUCAUGCCCUGUCAUUGUUGGUUAUCCUCCUCAGACUACCUUCGAAUGGAUAAGAAAUGGUGCAGUAUGGAAGAGAACUCAAACAUUUACAAUAGAUACAGCCUCAAGAAAUGAUGCAAUGCUCUACACAUGUAAAGUCUCCAAUAGCAUGAAGCAAACUGGAGAGCAGCCAGUUUCUCAACCAUACACAAAAUAUUUUCAUCUGAAUGUUUGGUAUGGAGCGUCAGUUACAUCUUUCUUCAUACAAGGACACCAAGGGCAGAUAAAUGUGACUGUAGACGAGAAUGAAGGAGGUAUACAGUUUACCUGUGAGGUUGACAGUAACCCGACCUCAACCGUCAAAAUUAUGUUGAACGGCGCUUUAUUAAAAGAAAGAUUGAACACCAAACAUAUUUCACUGACUCACAGUAGUGUAGCAUGUCUUGAUGGUGGAGCGUAUUCAUGUGAAGGGAACAAUCAAUAUGGACAAUCAUCUAAGAAAAGCAUCAACCUGUUUGUAAAUUGUUCUCCGCGUCCACUCCAUCAAAUAAGACAGAAUAUUACAAGUGCCCUUUACGUUCCUGUCACAUUAAGCUUUACAGCCCUAGCUUACCCACAGCCAGGCACAAAAGGAUUUGCCUGGUUCAAAGAAAACGGCGAUACUUGGGCACCGGUACUUAGCAACGCGGACUUGCAUAUUUCUUCAUCCGUUUCACAGUCCAAUUUGACUAUUUUAAAUGUAUCGAGGGCGGACUAUGGGCGCUAUAGACUAACUGUCACAAACGACCUUGGAAACUAUGUGCAAUAUCUAUUUCUUGAAGAACACAUAGCAGAAAAUGGAGGAUCAUCAGAAAAUUGCGAAAGGCACAGCGCAAAGGAAACUGAGAACACUUCAUUAAUAACUGGAAUUUCUCUUGGAGUAGUUGUUGCUGUCCUUGCAAUUUAUGCAGCGUCAAUUACAAUUCUGUAUAAAAGGAAAACCAAAAGUAAAGACAAACAAUUACUCGUCAAAGAGUCUACGCAAAAAACGUAUAUGAACAUUGCAUAUAAACCAAGUGUGCAAGAAAACCAAAACAACGAUGGAGCAACUGAAGCUAAGGGUGAUGAAACUACACAAUAUACAGAUCUAGCUGGAUAUUCCCGCGAUGACAGGACAACAUAUGAAGUCCUCCAGGAUCUUUAAAUAUAACAUGAAACACGUUCUGUGAAUGAGGACUGCGUGCGAAAAUUACAAAAGAGACUGUGUAGCUGCUUGACAAAUAGUCUGCCAAUAUUUCCAAAUUGCUUGUUUUUACAUUUGUUUUUUGUGUUCCCCCAACCCCAUGAGUGGUGGGGGCAUAUAGAUUUGUUUUUGUCUAUCCGUCCUUCCGUCCUCCGUCCGCCCGUCCUUCC